AUGGCGGACGAAGAUCUCGCCGCGAUCGAGCGCAUGGUGGCGAUGAUGGAGCUCAAGGAGCGGGAGUUGGUGCGGGAAAAGGUGCACGCCAACUUUGCAUCUUUACGGAUCGCGUGGACGCCGGGUGCGAUUGAAAACGGUGCGACGUCGGCGGUGUACGCGUCGAACGCGGGUGUGCACGUGGACGGUGGGAGCAUGAAGGAGUUUGCGGGACACGCGUUUCACGAGCGCGCGCGGGAGAAGCUUGGUCUGAGCGCUGUGUGCGAGAAGAAGCUGGCCAAGGCGGCUUCGCUCGCGGCGCUGGACGAGGCGGCGAUGGACGACGACGUGGAUUUUAACUCGCCCGAGUAUAAGAUGAAGAAGACCAAGCGAAGAGGGAAUAAAGAGUUUGGUGAUCACUACGGUGCGCUCGGUUUGGCGCUCAAGCGAUUCAACGCGACGAAGGAGGAGAUUCUGGAGAGACAUCGGUUCUUGACGGUGGCGCUGCAUCCGGAUAAGCGCGGCGUCGCGCAGGUCUCCGCCGCUGAGGCUGAGAAGAUCGAGCAGCGCUACAAGGCGGUGGUGACCGCGAUGGAAGUUUUGACGGACAAGAAUCGCAGACGCGAGUUCGACUCCGUGGACGCUCCGGAGUACAACUUUCCCACAGAGUGUGAAGACGGAGACUUCUUCGCCACCUUUAUGCCAUCCUUCCACCUCUUGGCUCGCUUCAGCGAGACCAAGCCGGUGCCGAUCUGCGACGACCCCGACGCGGAAUGGGACGAGGUGCGAAAGCACUACAUCUUCUGGGCCGCCAAGUUCAGCUCUUGGCGCGAGUUCCCACACGAAAAGGAGAACGACACGGAGACGGCGCACGACCGCGAUCAUCGCCGUCAAAUGGAAAAGGAGAAUAAGCGUCUUCGCGCCGAGUCGAAGAAGAAGGAGCAACAGGAAAUUCGUCGCUUCGUCGAGAACGCGCAAAAGUAUGACCCUCGUGUGAUCAAGCAAAAGGCUGCGGAGAAGGCUGCGCGAGACGCCAAGAAGUUGGGUCGCACUGACAGCGCUCGCGCCCUGGCGGAGGAGGAUGCCAAGAAGAAGGCUGAGGAGGAAGCCGCGGCCAAGGUGGCUGAGGAGGCCAACAAGGCGAAGAAGGCUGAUGCGAAGAAGGAGCUCGAAAAAGCGAAGAAAGCUCUUCGUAAGGACAAGCAACGCGUCCGCGCCAUCGGCGCUGUCGCCGAGGGCUGGGUUGAUUACCCGGGUGACGCCGAACUCGAAUCCAUCUGCGACGCGUUGACUGUCGAUCAUGCGGACGCGGUCAAGGCUGCUUGCGAUGCUGCGAUGAACGGCGAUGAAGUCAAGGGUGCAUGGGACGCCGUUGCGUGCAUCCUCUCUCUCGCGGUCACCGCCAAGGGUGGCGAUUGGCAGGCGAAGGCAGACGAGCAUGCAAGCCGCCGCGCCGAGCGGGAAGCCUCCGAAAAGGUUGGCGGCGCAUGGAACGCGGACGAGACCGCCGAGCUCGAAAAGGCCUCCAAGCAGCUGUUCCCACUGGGUACCAUCAACCGAUGGGACUCCGUCGCGGCGCACAUGGCGGCCGAGGGCAAGCCGCGCACCGCAAUGGACUGCAUGGUCAAGGCUCGCUCCAUGUAA